AGGACACCCAACAGAUAGAUAGAGAGAGAGACACAGAAAGAGAGAGAGAAGGCAGUAGUAGUAGCUGUAAAGCACAUGGCCUCAAUGCCCUUGGGGCCUGAGCAUCAACAACCUCCACAGCAGCACCAGCCGCAGCCGCAUCCGCAUCCGCAUCCGCAGCCGCAGCCGCAACACCUCCUUCCUGACAAUGACUCUGUGAAACGCCGCUCAGAUAUGGAAUCCGAGAAGGAAAUGUCUCCUACUGUCAUUGAGGGGAAUGAUGCAGUCACCGGUCACAUCAUUUCUACAACCAUUGGAGGCAAAAAUGGUGAACCAAAACGGACUAUCAGCUACAUGGCUGAGCGAGUUGUUGGAACGGGUUCUUUCGGAAUUGUUUUCCAGGCUAAAUGCUUGGAAACUGGAGAGACAGUGGCCAUAAAGAAGGUCCAGCAGGAUAGACGAUACAAGAAUCGGGAGCUGCAGCUAAUGCGCUUGAUGGAUCACCCAAAUGUGAUCUCACUGAAGCAUUGUUUCUUCUCUACGACAAGUAAAGAUGAGCUUUUCCUGAAUUUGGUUAUGGAGUAUGUUCCUGAGACUGUGUAUCGUGUACUGAAGCACUACAGCAAUAUGAACCAGAGGAUGCCCCUUAUCUAUGUUAAACUUUAUACAUACCAAAUCUUCAGGGGGCUGGCUUAUAUCCAUACUGGCCCUGGGGUUUGUCACAGAGAUGUGAAGCCCCAAAAUCUUCUGGUUGAUCCUCUUACCCACCAGGUUAAGCUCUGCGAUUUUGGAAGUGCAAAAGUACUGGUCAGGGGUGAAGCAAACAUCUCAUACAUAUGUUCUCGUUAUUAUCGAGCUCCAGAACUCAUUUUUGGUGCUACAGAAUACACAACAUCAAUUGAUAUUUGGUCGGCUGGUUGUGUCCUUGCAGAGCUUUUACUUGGCCAGCCAUUGUUUCCUGGAGAAAAUGCGGUGGACCAACUUGUAGAGAUUAUUAAGGUUCUUGGUACUCCAACUCGAGAAGAAAUUCGAUGCAUGAAUCCUAAUUAUACAGAUUUUAGAUUUCCGCAGAUAAAAGCUCAUCCUUGGCACAAGGUUUUCCACAAACGAAUGCCUCCUGAAGCCAUUGACCUUGCUUCGCGGCUUCUUCAAUAUUCUCCUAGUCUUCGCUGCACUGCACUUGAAGCAUGUGCUCAUCCUUUCUUUGAUGAGCUAAGAGAGCCAAAUGCUCGCCUUCCAAAUGGUCGUCCUUUACCCCCACUUUUCAACUUUAAACAGGAAUUAGCUGGAGCUUCGCCAGAGCUAAUCAACAGGCUAAUACCAGAGCAUGUGAGGCGGCAGACAGGGCUUGGCUUUCCCCAUCCGGGUUAACAUAUAUAUAAUUAUAAAGAUGUGAGACAAGGAAUCAACUCUAAUGCUAUUGGAUGCAUUUGAAGGAAAGAUGACUUAUUUCCUGUCAUUAUAACCAAGCAGGGUGGCCUGAUCAGCGGUUGUUCUUGCCCUGCCAAGAUAUAUACAUAAAGUGGCGUUUCAGCUUAACGGAGAAGUUGGUGAUUCCGUCUCCUUUAUCAUUUUGCCUGAACAUAAAUUUUUGCUGCUGCUUUUGUACAUUGCUUCGAUCGUAAAGAUUCCAGGAAGCUAGGAGUAUAAAGAGGUCUAUGAUCAAUGUCUAGCUAGAUAAGGAGCUGCAGAAGUUCCGUAGAAUGUAAGGGGCUCAUAAGUAAUUUGGUUUGUUUUUCCCCCUUAAACCUUGUGUCAUUUGUACUUAUGUUGUGGCAAUCUAUGGACGAAAUCUAAAAUUCACAAUUCAAGAUCA